UCACACUGAUCAUCAUAGGCCCGAGGCACAGCAGCUACCACCACCACCACCACGACCACCGUAUACCUCAGCUGCCGCCGCCGCCACGUCGCCCGUUAAACUUUUUGAAAAGAAAAAAAACCGAAACGGACCGGCCCGAACGCUGUCGUUGUAAUAAUAUUAUUAAUAUCGUUGUAUCGUCCGACGGCGGCCGUCCGGUUCCGAGUUCUUUCGUCGUUUUGUCACCGUAUAUAGUAUUUUUUACGUUUUUCUUUUAAUCGCGAUCGUUUUUUCGGCUCCCACACCACCCGUGAGAAUCGUAAACGACGUCGACGACGACGACGACUGAACUCUCCGACGGUUGGUGUUGUCGCGGACGAAACGAUGUGGCGUUCGCCGGUCGUCGGUCUGUGCAACAGCAACAGCAGUACCAGCAGUUAACAUUGUGAACAGUGAGCAUAUUCGAAAGAAGAGUUCUUUGAAGAGUUCUCGUGCAACGGUUCAGACAGCGGGACGCAAACUGGAAAGUUUAUACUAUUUGCUCAAUACAUCAUAGUCAGUAAAUAACAAGUUAUACAAUGAGUUCAUUCAAUGAUAGAAAAUCGAUCCAAGAGGUGUCAUCACCAAUGACAAAUUUAGCUAAUUGUCUUGGAACAUCACUGACAGUCAGACGCAGACUAACUUUAUCUGAAUCUAGUGAAACUCCAAAAAAAUGUUAUGACAACAUUCUCCAUGAUCACGAUAUAAACAGUUCAUCAAAUACCAGAUUACUCAAAGGAAAUUCAAAAAAUAUUAAUGAUAGUCCUACAUUGAAAUGUUUGAUGCUUCAAAAAAUGAUAAACAGUCCAGUCGAGAAGGAAAACACAACUAAGUGUGCCGAUGCAAUAGUCUCUAAGACAAUGUUAUCACCAUCCCAGUCAAGUCCAACUUUUUUGAUGCACAGUCGUAAUACAAGAGGUCGUCACCCGUUGGAAGAUCAUGAUCCAAAUUCACAAGACAGUGGCUUUUUUUCCGUGCUUUCUGAAGAUUCCAGAUCAUUAACCAGAUUUGAACCAAAAAAUGUUAUUGAUAAGAAAAAUUCAUCAUUAAAUGUUUGCCACAAAGGAAUCCCAGAAAUAGAUGAUCCAUUUCUGGACAAUGUUAAUUCUCCAGCAAGAUUGUCUCAAGAUUCACUACCGUCUGAAUUCAAUACUUUGAUUGAUGGAGAUAUUUUUGCAUUGCAUUCACCGGUAAUAAAACCUAUUGUCAGACGAAAAAAUUCCAAAUAUGUUUCAGAGACACCUCGAAAAGUUGAUUUAGAAGAAAAUAAGAAAAAAGAUGUGAAAAAACGUAAAUUAUUUAAUGAUUUUGAAUGUCCUUCUGAGUCAUCAAUUGUAUCCAAAAGGUUGAAGCCUAAUGUUGAUCUUUCAAUUUCAUUUAAUUCUCCAAGAUUAGACACCGGAAAUACUUCUUUAACUGCUCCUGUAUCGCAUAAAAAAACUACUCUUUUUGACUAUGGAUUUUGCAAAAAUAGUGUUUCCAAGCUCCGAAGAUCAUUUUCAACUAACGAAGCCACGAUAAAAGCUGCAUUUGAGAAAGAAGAUAAUGGAUCAAAUUUAAUUGGUGACUUCAGUCAAUCAUUUAUAUUGCCCUUGUUAUCACUUGGUCGUCAUGCAGAUCUCCGUAGCAUAUCCCCUGAUACAUUAGCUCAUUUAUUGGAAGGCUCGUUCAAUGAUUGUAUUGACUCCUAUCUAAUAAUAGAUUGCAGAUAUCCCUACGAGUAUGAAGGUGGUCAUAUAAGAGGUGCAAUCAAUAUAUUUACUAAAGAGCAAUUAUUUAAAGAUUAUACUGAAGACAAGUUGGGUAAAAAGUCUCAUAAGACUGAUAACAUUAAUGCAAAGAGAAAUGUUUUGAUAUUUCACUGUGAAUUUUCAUCAGAAAGAGGUCCAAGUUUGUCACGAUACCUACGUAAUGCAGAUCGUCAAAAGAACAGUAUGUGCUAUCCUUACUUGGACUAUCCAGAAAUGUAUUUGCUUGAUGGUGGAUACUGUAAAUUUUUUAGUCAACAUAGUCACUUGUGUGUACCAUCUAGCUAUCGAUCAAUGUAUGAUCCGGCCCAUACCUCAGAUCUAAGAAAGUUCAGGUCCAAAUCAAAAACAUGGGCUUGUCACAACGAUGCAAUGCCAAGAUUGGCUGGAAAAAACACGCUCAAACGAUUGGGUUUUAAUUAAUCGCUUUAUGUAUUCUUUCAUGUAAAUAAGUUGAGAUUUUUUUUUUAUUGAUUUGUUUGAUUAUUUUUUUUUGCGUUUUAAUUUUAAUUUUUUUUUAACCAUUUAACCAAUUUUUUUUCUAUUUUAAAACUGAUGUGUUGAAGUAUUAAUUUAGAUCCCAGUGCAAUUUUGUAUAACUUUUGUGAUGCUAUAUAAUAGUAAAAGCACUGCUAGCUAAGUUUCCAAAAAAGAACAUUUAAUCGUCAGCUUUAGUGGUUUUAAUUAUUUUAUAUAGAUAGGUAGAUUGUUAAUAUAAAAUAAAAUGCAUAUAGUUUAUUAUGUACGUGUGUUUGUGUGAUUUUAAUAUAUUUGCUAAGUGCAAUGUGAUUUUUUUAUAUAACAUUAAACUGAAAAAAAAUAAUGUUAGUCGGCUUGUAAACAUUUUUUUAAAUAAAAGACUUGUAGUAUUAAUUUUAUUUUUUACAAAGCAUUAUUACAAUAAGUAAGAUAUAAGUUAAUGAAAAACGAUUUAAUGUGUUCAUUUUAUUAUUUAUUUUUCAUAUCGCUUUGCCAAUGUGUUCUAAAUUUUUAUGUGUAAUUAGUAAAAUGUGUAUAUACUCGUAGUAAAAUUAAGUAUUUCGAAAAAAUUUUAUUAUUUAUUUUAUUUUUUCAUAUUUUGUCUAAAAUAUUAAUAGUUAUGAGAUCAUACGUACAUUAUAUUAUAUUUUAAUAUAUUUAUGUCAUCGGCUGUUAGUUACAAUUUUAUAUUAUAAUUAUUUUUAAACAAUCUUUUUAUAGACUCGUUUAAGAUGAGCGUAAAAUAAAAAAAAAGUCAAAACUAGCUUUUAAUGCUUUUUUUCUAUACAUUUUUAAUAAUAAUCAUUUCUAUUUAAUGUCAAUUAACAAUAGAUAUUAUAUGAACUCUUAUAAUUAUUUUUUCAAUCUUUUAUAUAUUGAGAUUGAGAAAUAACAAAUUGUUUUAAUAUUUCAGUAUUUUAUACAAAUUAGUUUUCUUCUUUAGAUAAGUCGACUUUUAAAAUAUAUGUGAAAUAUUAUGCUCGGCAUCUACAAAGAGAAUUCUAUUGGCAAUAUUGAAUUUUUAGAUCAUUUUAUUAUUUAUUAUAUUUUUGUAUUAAUGUGAAAAUGUUAUUAUUCAAAAUAUAGAAAUUUAGUUUUAAACUAA